AUCAUAUAGUCAAGUUCUUACAGCAGAUAUUUCUAAACAGAUUUCCUCCAAAGAGGAUAAAACCACAUUAUGGUCAAAUACAAUAGCAAAGGCAUUAGAACAAAGAAAAGAUAAAUACUUCGAUACACAGGACUGGAACAUAAACAGAAUAACAGAAGCUUUCCAAACAACAAAAAUGCUGACCGAAUUCUUAUGA